CCGCCUGACAGCCAUUUCGGGCAGUACGAAUCUCCAGCACCUGGCUUGCAGUGGAGCUCUUCAGAUUCCGCUGCCGGCGUCAUUCGUAAGACUCACAGAUUGGCUCAGGGAUUCGCAGUGCUUCCGUGUUCUCUUAGCUUUCACGUAGUCGCGUCUCCAGAAACAGCCAUUUCAGCCACCUCCGGUUCCUCGUGUCGGAUCUUUCGCACAGCAUUCGCGUCGAUUCCAAGCGCAUCUAAGUCGGAUCAAGCAGUCUCAGAUCGGUCGGCGUCAUGGGCGAUAGUCAAUACUCCUUCUCCCUCACCACCUUCAGUCCAUCAGGCAAGCUGGUGCAGAUCGAAUAUGCCCUGAACGCCGUAGCUGCCGGUGCGACGUCGCUCGGAAUCAAAGCGACCAACGGCGUGGUGAUCGCCACGGAGAAGAAGCUUCCCACAGAGCUGAUUGACGAGACCUCGGUGAAGAAGAUUCAAUUGCUGACGGAGAACACAGGAGUCGUCUACAGUGGCAUUGGCCCGGACUCUCGAGUGCUUGUCAGGAAGAGCCGCAAGUCAGCACAGUCCUACUACACUGUGUACAGGGAGGUCAUCCCAGUGUCGCAGCUGGUGCGGGAGACAGCUGCUGUGAUGCAAGAGUUCACGCAAUCAGGGGGGGUGAGGCCGUUCGGCGUGUCGCUGCUGAUGGCGGGGUACGACUCGCAGGGCCCGCACCUGUACCAGGUGGACCCUCGGGCUCGUACUUCGCCUGGAAGGCCUCAGCUAUCGGCAAGAACAUGACCAACGCCAAGACGUUUCUUGAGAAGAGGUACACGGAGGACAUGGAGUUAGAGGAUGCGAUCCACACGGCCAUUCUCACUCUCAAGGAAGGGUUUGAGGGGCAAAUUGGCGGGCGACAACAUUGAGAUUGGCAUUGGGGGUAGCGACAGGAAGUUCAGAGUGCUAACUCCAGCUGAAGUGAAUGAUUACUUGGCAGAAGUGGAGUAAGCUGUUAGCUAGAUUUACUAUGACUACCUGCCAGCCACCAUAAUUUGUCCAUGUCAAAUAUGUUGGCCUGAAUUAACAUGGUCUGGUAAAUUCCAUGGAAAGCUGAACAAAUGGCACAAUUCGUGUAGGAAGCAUUCUCCAUGGAACGGAGCUUCGACGAGGGGUUGUGGUUCGGGCAGCACAACCCGCCUACGAUGUGUAGAUUUGAUUGUGGGGUUAU